CCGGAGUUCUGAUGGAUAACUGUUGCGCUUGACUCACGUCAGAGAAAGCUACUCUGAAGCGGAUACACAAAGGGAGAGAAAGGACCUGCAACGAUGGGUAUCAAACUGUACUACACCACUGUUACUGCCUCACGGACGGUGAAGUCUCAGCAGGCAGAAGUGAUCCGGAUCCUGGAGAGUAAAAGCAUCCAGUACGAGCUCAUCGACAUCUCUGUGGGCGGGGAGCUCCGUGACGAGAUGAGAAGCAAAGCAGGAAACCCAGCCGCCGUCCCCCCCCAGCUCUUCAACGAAGACCAGUACUGUGGGGACUAUGAAAUGUUUUCGGAUGCGGUGGAAGACGAUACAGUGGACCAGUUUCUGAAGAUGGCGUGAGGAAGGCUACGUUUGACUCUCCAUCUAAACCCCCUCCCCCACCUACCUAUCCACCCACCUUGUGCCCUCUCAGAGGCCCUUUAUCCAGUCUCUCUCUCUCUCUGUCUCUCUCUCUCUCUGCACCACUGGCAGUAUCCUCUCACUAUCAACGCCAUAAAGAAGAAUGCCAAAUAUCCUAACUAAUCAGAAGAGAAACAUUCCCCGCACUGCACCAUUAGACUCUAAAUCAGUCUUAAUCUGUUCCUUUUUUCUUUUGAUUUAUUCCACAUAUUUCCCUGUCUGACCGACUAGUGUUACUCAGAAUUUAUGGGGUGUCUAAAUGUGCGGUAAUUAGGGCGACUGGAGAUUAGACUAAUCCGCAGGAUGACAACAUUCAACCCAGACUCUUCCUGAAUCCUCUGCAGAACAAACUCACAUUGAUCACUCAGUCUUAACCACUUUGUCGUCUUUUUUCCGUAGCCUUCACGUUCCCAUGUCUGCACAUUUCUAUUUGUACUUCACAUGGAUGCAAACGCACACAGAAGUAGCAAGGACUGUGAUGUCCUUAAAUCUAAUUAAUGAGGAGAGUGAUAGCAGCUAAAAAAGGCCUUUGAGGCUGUGAAGCUUUUUGUAAUUUUGGUCCAUUGAUCACCUUAUGUCAUAUAUAAAAAGAGGUCCAGUUUUGAAGCAGGAUGCAUACUAAUACCUUAAAUUAAGACACAAACUAGUACUUUUCUUACACAUUUUCCUUGCGUUUUACAUCCAUUUCGCCCUCAUGUUUGCUGGGACGUUUUCAAAGAAAUAUCAUAACUCGUGCAUUGUUUACAUCCAUGUUUGCUAGCAUGCAUUUUUCUUCCUCCGUCUUUUUUAAAAAUGACUAUACUUUGCUCGUUAUCACCCAAAAAUAUAAAGUGAAAUAUAUACUAAGCGACAUAUCGCUAUUAGUAUCCACAGGAUACAGGAUUACAUUUUUGGAAAUGUCUUUCAAAAAUAAAGCCUAAGCACUUGCGACAACAAUGAGGCACUUACCCAUGGUGGGAAUUUAUUAAGCUGAUCCAUCAUAGGAUGCAGUGUACCGCCAAUCUAAUAUUUAGUGUGGAGACCUUCAGAACUGUAUGUGAGAAAUAAAAUGUACAGGAACUGGAAAAAAUAAUAGCUAAACCAGAAGGACAAACACGUAACGAGCAACCAAGUCUCAUAAAAUAAGACCGAUAGUUAUUUAAGUUAUCCUGCUGCCAAACGAGCUGAUAACUGAUAUCCUUGUUGGAGGUACAUAAAAUAUGAAGAAUCCAAAUAAUAAGAGUUGUACUGGCUGCGCCCCUCUUGGUGUUUAAUUCAGAUGUUUAUUCUAGAAAUAAAACACUCAUUAGAUGUAUGACAAUGGUCACCAAUGGGACCAACUUACUAAAAAAGGUUAGUAAUUAAAGGUCCGACAGCAUUUCAGUAUUUAGCUGCUUUGUAAGGCAGAUGAACAAGUCUUAAUUUCACAUUUGGUGCCAAUUUAUAUGCGCUUUGAAGGUGGAUUCUCACUGCAGUAUUAGCACUUACCUGGCUUUCUCCAGUCUUUUCCAUAAUCUGUGUAACAUGGAAGCUUUGUUACUGGCACCAAUAGGAGCUCUGUAUUGCUGACUGAAAACAACAACAUUUGUGACUGAAAAGAAAGCUUUGAAACUCGUAGCUUUACAUUCCUCUGCUUAUUUUAUGUUACAGUUUCAAUGAGGCGUGAAGAUGCAGACAUGUGACUAUGCACCAAAACUCUGCCUCACUCUGAACACACACACAUAAAGGUCAAAGCUUUUGUGUUGAACUAAAGUCUUACUAGCCUUUGGGAACAAAUACUACAUGGGAAAAAUGAAGGUUUCACUUAUUUGCUCUCUGGCAUUCACUCAGAAAUGUUAUUUGUUCAUGUUUUGGGUUGCUUCUCUUUUUUAAAAUUGAAAACAAGAUGGUUUUCCUUCUCUUCCGCUUCUUAUCUGUCAACCCCCAACCCCACCCCAUGCUUUCAGAAUUGUGUUUCUACGGUUUGGGAUCCUUUGUAAUGACGGCCUUCACACACAAUGUUUGUGCACUGUUUUGUAAGUCGGUGGUUGUGGACGUUUGCCUGUUAUUGAUGUAUGUUCACUAUGAAUCAUGUUUAAGACAUUCCAUGUCUCUCUCUCUCUCUGAGCUCCUGCUUUUUGCUUUUUUGGACCAACUCCCCUUGGCCAAAAGAAAAGAGAAAAUAGGGAAUAAAAUGCUGAUAUCUUCCGAGAAGAUUGUGAAAGUGAUUUAUGGGUGGAGAAAAUAAUAAAAAGGAGUUAAAUCUA